CCGGUUGCUGCGCCCCAUUUCCGCGCUAAAGACAUCAUAGCCGGAAGAGCCGCCGCCUUUCUUAUCUGGAAAAACGAAGUUUUGAAGCUCUAGAGAUGGAUGAGUUGACGAAAGCUCUUAUAGAAACAGUAAACUUCGCAGCGGUAAAGCACAGAGAUCAACAGAGAGACGACGGCCACACGCCUUACAUCAACCAUCCAAUCGGCGUGGCCAGGAUAUUGACGCACGAAGCGGGAAUUUACGAUCUUAUGACGAUACAGGCUGCGAUUCUGCACGAUACAGUGGAGGACACCGACACCACCCCAGAAGAGAUUGAAAAGCACUUUGGGAGCAGGGUGAGGGCAAUUGUGGACGAGGUGACCGAUGACAAGCGGCUGCCAUCCGAGGUCAGGAAGCGGCUCCAGAUCGAGCACGCGCCCCACUGCAGUCAUGAGGCCAAGCUGGUGAAGCUGGCAGACAAACUGUACAACCUCAGGGACCUCUCCACGACCACUCCCCUGGGCUGGAACGAGCAGAGGGUCCAGGCGUACUUUGAGUGGUCCGAGAAGGUAGUGUUUGGACUGAGGGGCACCAACAAACCCAUGGAACUAGCCCUGGACCAAGUGUUCGAGGCAAGACGUGUGCUCAACGACAAAAUCCCCGAAUCAAAGUGAAAUUGAUUGCAUUUUCUUUUCAAUAAAAUUAUCCUCCAAAGGUUUUUA